AAAUGUAAUUGUACGGUACGACGCCUGUUUUUAAUCACACAUAUGACAAUAAAGAAUCUUGAAAAUUGAAUCUUAAAACAUUCUCGUAACAGCCCCAUCUUCUCUGUCACUAUCUUUAAAAAAUGGUAACUCAUCUCACCAAAGCAAUUAUUAUAGUCAGUUACGCUGUUGAACUGUGAUGGGUUAUUCAUUGUGUAAGUACACUGGGCACAAUGACACCGGAGCCAAAAUACUAGUAUGUUGUACUCAUACAUGGCACAUAAUGCUGAUUCUGAUGUCUCAAUGGGCAAUGAACACAAUGGCUUGGACUCUGUAUUAGACUGCAGCUAACUGCACCUUAUUAAAUGCUCAUUUUCAAAACAGUAAUUUGUGUAUUUCUACAUCUUGUCUGCCCCUUUAUGGCUUUGUUGACACAUGGGGACCUUUAUUUUGAAAAGCCUCGGUGUUCCGGCACAGUGGUGCUGUGGGAGGACACUGAGGAUCGGGAGUGUCCCGUUCACACGCUCCAGCAGCGGAUCACAGGAGGAAACUUUGUCUGGAUGCGUCUUUUUGUUUUACUUAUCUGGGGAAAACUGAUUUUAAAGACUGAUCCGGGACAUUGUUCCUGUUUUGACUUUUCAUCUGAACCGGCCACUCACUCACUCACUCAUUCAUUCAUUCAUUCAUCCCUGCACCCAUAGUCUGUUUUAAAAUCACCCCCCUCUGGUGUGUGUUUCGAGCCCCCUGGAGAAGAUGGACCCCCGGCUCUCUGUCCCCAGGUACCCGCUGCUGGUGCUGCUCUGCGCGGCCGCUGCCCUCUCGGGGACCCGGAGCCCCGUGGCUGCAGCGGGGAGGAGCUGCGCAGACACCCGGCAGGUGUACGCGGAGAAGGGCUACGGCACGGACAUCGCUCCGCUGACUCAAAUCUCCGGUGAGCACCUGCGUCUCUGUCCUCAGGACUACACCUGCUGCUCCAGUCAGAUGGAGGAGACGCUGGCCCUCCAGAGUGAGAGAGACUUCCUGAAAGCCAUCGAAGAGAACAGCCAGUUCCUGUUGACCACCUUCAGCCAGAGACACCGCAGAUUUGACGAGUUCUUCAGGGAGAUCAUCGACCUGUCGGAGAAGUCUGUGAACCAGAUGUUCACCAAGACCUACGGCCGGCUCUUCACCCAAAAUGCCCACGUCUUCCAGGAGCUGUUUGUGGAGCUGCGCAGAUAUUAUUCUGGGGGCAGUGUCAGUCUGACCGAGGUUCUGUCAGACUUCUGGUCCAGACUUGUGGAGCGGGUCUUCUCUCUGGUCAACCCUCAGUAUCAGUUCAGCGAGGACUACCUGGAGUGUGUCAGCAAACACACAGAACAGCUGCAGCCGUUUGGAGACGUGCCCCGCAAACUGCGCGUACAAGUGUCCAGGGCUUUCAUUGCAGCCAGAGCACUGUCUCAGGGCCUGGCUACAGGUCGGGAUAUUGUUAACAAAGCAACAAAGUUGACAGCAGACUCAGAGUGUGUGCGUGGCCUGAUGCGUCAGUGGUACUGCCCUCUGUGUCGAGGCCUGCCCUCCCUGCGGCCCUGCCACUCCCUGUGCCUUAACGUGAUGAAGGGCUGCUUAGCCAAUCAGGCCGACCUCGACACCGAGUGGAACAAUUUCAUUGAUGCUCUUUACCAGGUUUCAGAGAAGUUGGAGGGGCCGUUCAACAUGGAGCUCGCAGCCGACUCCAUCUCUGUGAAGGUUUCAGAGGCCAUCAUGCACAUGCAGGAAAACAGCGUCACCAUCUCCACUAAAGUGUUCCAGGGCUGUGGAAGCCCCAGACCAGCUCCAGGACGGACUAAACGCUCACCGAAAGAGUCUGGGGGAAGCAGGAGGCCGUUCCGCACCUACAGUCCAGAAGAGAAACCCACCACCGCUGCAGGCACCAACCUGGACCGACUGGUUACCGAGCUGAAGGAGCGACUGCGGCCGAUGCACGGCUUCUGGGUGUCCCUCCCACACACCACCUGCAACGAUGAGAGGCUGGCUGCCGACGUCACUAACGAGGACCGCUGCUGGAACGGGCAGACCCGGGGGAGGUACCUGCCGGACGUGAUGGGCGACGGUCUCGUCAGCCAGAUCAACAACCCCGAGGUGGAGGUGGACAUCGCCCGGCCAGAUGUGAGGACCAGACAGCUGAUCAUGGAGCUGAGGGUGGCGACCAACAAACUGAGACAUGCUCAGAGCGGACAAGACAUGGACUUCAUGGACAGUGAGGAGGGCAGUGGCUCAGGGGGUGGGGAUUACGGUGAAAGGUACAAUGAUGAUUGGCCGGGCUAUGGGCCUUACUCCCCCCCCUAUAACAAACCCCCUCGCAACCCGGCCUCCAACCCCGCAAAGCCUCCUCGGGUCCGAGACAAAAGUGGCUCCAAGUGGAACAGAAACAACGGCCAUGGACGGGUUCGUUCGUCGACCGGCGGGCUCACCUCCUCGCUGCUCUCUUUGUGUUCUUUCCUGGUCACUGUUGCCCCCAUGUGGAGAUAACCAGUUAUUACAGAGUGGAGGUUUUCUGUCAUGCUGGAGUCUCGAGCACGUUGAAGAAAAAUAAGUCAUUCCAUUUUUUAACACCAGCGGAAAAAACAAAAAUAAGACAGGUUAAUUUAGCAAUAAUCAAAUACCUGUUUACUGCACAGAAUAAAAAGGUUAAAGUGAGUAUUUUUCCUACUGCCCAAGCCACAGAAGAGGCAUCAUCACAUGAUUAAUGCUAAUACUUAAUAAGUACUGCCCUUUUUUAGUGCCAUUUGUUGGAGAUGUUUGACCUGUUGGAGUCUUGUUGCUGAACCGUGCUGGAGCAUGGAGGUCCAACUAAAGCACUGAAACAGCAACAGGAAUGAGCAGCAUGUGUGGGUGACGGAGCCGAAGAUCUCAUGGUGCAGCGAUCUGUGAGAUAGAGAGAGAUAAGUCGUGCUGGUUGAUUACUGUGUAGUUUCGAAUGAUCCGACUGCAUUUGUUAUCUGCCUUUCUCAUGAACUUAAGUUGAUUUGUGUAUUUGAUUUGAUUUCUUUUAGUGGUUCAUCUUGUUUACUUUUCAUCUUGUGGAAAUAGUGACAUUUAAUUUAAGAUUAAUGUAUUUCUGCCUGGAAGAUAAAAAAAAGAAAAAGAAGUCAGGAUCAGUAUUUAAACCAAACACAGGACUUAUUUUGAAUGUACCUAGAUGCUUAAAUUAAUUUUAGUUUACUUGUGACGACAAGGGGUAAAUUAAUUAUGAUUUUAAUUUAUUUGUAAUAUUCUAUUUCAUUGUUCUCAUUGUCACGAGUUUAAGGGUUAAAGCCUGAGUGUUUAUCCUCUGAAGAGUCUGUCUCUAACUUUCUCUGGUAAAAAAGGAAAAUCAAGCUCUAUUUAUUUAUAAUGCAAACCAAUCAUUUUAAAAUCUGAAACCAAUCAGAAUAAAACUGUUAAUUAUUGAUAUUUAUUUGAGCCAAAAAACCAGCUGCACUUUACCAGAGAUCGUUCAGCAGCGACAUGUGAAUGUGUGUUUUUUAUUGUUUGUUGUUUCAUGUUCCUGUUACAUGCUGAGAAUGUUUUUAAUGAUGUGUUUUUCUACUUAUUUUCCUAAAAGCAACAAAAGAUGGUGACGAUGGUGAGCGAGCACAUGAUGUAACUCUGGAUUGAAAGUUGAGGGAAACAAGUUGGGUUUUCAUAUGCUCCUGUGUUUUGAUAAAGAUAUAAUGAAAGAUUAAUAGGGAGGUUGUGAGAAGUUGGUCAUUAAUGUACAACGAGAGCACAUUGAUGAGCUUAAAGUAAUAAUCUGACUAUUAAUCGUAAGGUUAGACGAGAUGGCACUCAUGUCCGUAUGAUAAGUAUGAAGCUAAUGCCAGCAGCUGCUUAGCCUAGCUUAACAUAAAGGCCAGCGAUAAAGAAACAGCUAACUGGACGAAAAGUUAAGAAAAUCUACCUACCAGCUCCUUAAAGUUAAAACUAAUUGUUAUCACAUGUGUCGUUUAACGUGUUUAAAUACUGAAGAGUACGAACCAGGAAUAUAGUUUUUUUAAAUGGCAGGUGUGACGGACUAUUUCCCAGCAGCUGACAGCCAAUCAGCUCGCUCAGCAACCUGAGAAAGGUUUAGGUUUUUCUGCAUGUGACACAAAAGAGGUUCAAUGUGCGGAUACAUGAACUUUAGUCAGAUACUUCUCUCAGUACCCUCACAUGUAGUACACUGUAGUACACAGUAUACUCACCCAACAGGGUAGUGUUCAAAUCAAAACAUGGCAGUUUGUGCUCUCAAUCUCAUGGUGUGAGUGCCAAAGUAUCCUCCAGCUGCUCUGCUCAUUUUACAUAAAGAAAUCAACAACUGAAUUUUUUGUGUGCCCCCUGUGUAACACAACAUGACAAUUAUUCAUUAUAACUUGCACCGGUCUCAGUUGCCAUUUUUACACAUUUGAAAAAAGUUGAUGAUCACUUUCCUUCCACUACGUAUCCAAGCUGAGAGUUGUAACUGUUUUGAGUGUACAAUCCAGACAACAUACAACGCACUGCAUGUUGUUGUACUUGUCAAUGUGGACACACAUAUGCACUCAAAAUAACAAGUAUGUGUGUGUAGGUUUAAAAACCCAGAGAUUUUGAACAAAGCAAAGUGUUUUCCACUGUUUCUUGUCGUUAUGCUAAGCUAAGAUGCUGCAGAUUUUGUAAAUAGAGAAAAAAAGCACAUUUCUCAAGAUGUCAGUUUUCUAAAGAUGGAGUUGAUUGAUUGGAUCAAAAAAGAAGAGAGAAGGAGAAAAUAAGCAGAAUGUAUUGAUGCUGCAAAAGGACACUGAAUGAGGAAUAUGUGAAACCGGUUGAAGGAGAAGUUCACUAGUAGUCAAAUGUGAUAUUGCUCCUGCUACAGAAAAAGAAAAAGAUUUCCUUCUAAAAUUAAUAAAUGUCCAGAAAUAUACAAUUUUUAUCACUGACGAGAGGUGGACGUCAUUUUGGAAAAAAACCCUCUCGAUACAACAGGCACCACGUAAAAGACUUGAAAGAAAGUUUGUCACAGUAUUUCCAAAGCAGCAGUGUUGUAGUCGUAUGUGUGUUCGAUGAUCAGCAGUCAGAUGAAACCACAGAGCUGAAAUGUUUCACUGGAUUUCAGGUAAAUUGUUCUUCAGCUCAAACUCUUCAUCGAUUCCCUCUACUCACACAUUCCUUCAUGCUGACAGUUUUUUUCAUGUUGUCGUAAAAAACCUUUUGUUAUCAAACAAGUGAUAUUUUCAGCUUCAUUAAAAAAA